AUUUGCAGAAGUGAAACAGCCGCAGCUGCAAACAGAAGUAAAUCAGCUAGAAGCGAUAGGAAUUUUGUACUUUUAUACAGCGCCACAAAGAAUCCACAGAAUGACCGAUCUGCGCAACGAGAUGGACAGCGACCUGGACCAGAACUACUCCCUGAACAGCAACGCGGACCCCAAGAACAUGCAGGAGCUGACCAUAUACGUACAAAAUCUGUUGCAGAACGUCCAGGACAAGUUCCAGACGAUGUCCGACCAGAUAAUAACGCGCAUCGAUGACAUGGGCAACCGCAUCGACGAUCUGGAGAAGAGCAUCGCGGAUCUGAUGAACCAGGCCGGGAUCGAGGGUCAGGGCCCGGAGAAAUGAGACCCGUAGAGCUGGUUCAGCCACGCCCAUCUGGAAACUUCAUCCCGAUCCCAUGCGAUACAUACAUCGAACACCUGGCACCCAGUCACCCAGACACCCGAAUCAAGUUUACAAUUCCAGGCUCUCACAUUCAUUUAAUCUCCUCCGCACCCAGUUGCUCCGAAAAAACACACAUUUGCUCAUCCGUUUAUUGCAUAGUUUUAAGUUUCUCCCACUCGGGGAACAUCAUAAUUUAAGUAACGUAAUUCUUUUGUGAGCAAUGGCCAGUAAUUUUAAAUUAUUGCCGUUUAGUUUGUAUUUAUAAAUUAAAAAUUCGAGAAUUGUAAA